AUGUAUGCGAGCAGAGUUUUUAAUCGCCUCGGCAUUAUUUCCUUGGCUGAGUAUCGACGGGACGAAUUUCCGCGCUGUGCGGAAAACCCAAUAUAUAGAACAAAUCAAUAAGAGUUCUUUUACAGGUAUCACAGGACUGUUUCUCUCAGUGCUCGGCAAAACCCGCAAGAAAGAUAUUACUUUCAAUCGCAUAGACGUGCAAUUUUGUAAUUUCGUAAUCGAUCGUAAACGGCAGCGGUAGUGGUUUCAUAGAAGAAACGUUGACAGCUCGUGCGGCUACACAUGGCAAUCGACGUUAAACGGAAUUUUUUAUGAGAAAACAAACGACGUAAUCUAUAUCCUCCGCGAGUCGAAUGUGAAUUUUGUUCACACAAGGUAGCAGCGGCGAUCGGGGAAAAGAUGCGUCAUGUCGACCAGUUCUUUCGGAAGUCGUGCUAUAGCAAUAUUCGCAUUCUAUUGUCCGCGUGCGGUAUAUGGCCGUUCCAAGCGUUAAGCAAACGUUAUGCGAUGUACGUCGGGUUUACGCUGCUCUUUGGAUUUGGAAUUUCAUUUACGAUAUUGUGUACGAUUAGGGUUUGGCCAGAUUUCUUUGAGGUAUUCGACUGCGCGUCGAUGCUAUUUUACGCCAUAUCGUCAACGAUUAAAUUAAUCUACACGGUGUACAAUUUACCUAAGAUCAAAAUGCUUCUCAUGAAUAUGCAAGAACACUGGUGUUCUCCGAAGUCGGAUCAAGAGGCUAAGAUAUUGCGUUCGUACGUACUGUUUGCGCGAAAAUUUGGCUACAUUUAUUCGGGUAUUAUACUUGGCCACGCCAUAGUUUUCGCGCUUACACCUUUGACGAUUAAAUUUUCCUACAAUAAGGAAAACAUAUCAAAUAAAACGCAGGACUCACAAGAAUCGAGUCGUCACAUCAAUUACAUGCUUGACCUGCAAAUACAACACAUGCCUCUCCUCAUACAGGGCGCUUUAUGCGAAUUUUAUUAUACGUUGGUAUUGACUUCGAUAAACGUCCUGUAUUUAGUGUGCGUUCAGCAUUGUUGUGGUUUGUUUGAGGCUCUCAAAUACCAUUUGGAGAGCGCAUUUAAUUUUGAAAAUAAUGACAACGACAUAACGUCCAUAGAGAAUAAAUAUCAUUCAAAUAUCGUAUACGGUGUCCGAAGGCACGCGGAAGCAAUACAAUUUGCUACGUCCGUAGAAUCGCUGUAUAGGCUACCAUUCUUCCUGCAUAUGACAGUUAACGUGUCACUGUUAAGUAUCGUAGGAUUCCAGGUGGUAACAAAUACGGAAAACAUCAGUCGUCUCAUGCCGUACGGCACUUAUCUGAGCGGGCUUGUGCUUAACACGUUCUUUGAAAACUGGCAAGGUCAGAAAAUUAUAGACUGCAACGAGAGGGUGUACGAGUCCGCGUACAAUUUAGAGUGGUAUAAGAUGCCUAUAAUAUCGCAAAAGCUCCUGAUAAUGAUCAUGAUAAGAAGUAGGAAACCGCUGACAAUAACUGCGGGAAAAGUUCUUGUACUGUCCUAUGUGACUUUUAACGCGGCGAUGCGUACAGGCUUCUCAUAUUUAAUGAUUCUGCGGUCCAUGCAAUAAAAACUUGACUGUAAAGAAGCAACUUCAGGGAUAUGCCAAUGGCCUAAUUCAUGGUUUAAUAACUCGCUCAUUGACUAGAAGAUACGUAUCUCGUUAUAAAGCUUUGUAUCUUCCAUAGAAAUUUUUUAUGUAGUUGAAUAAAAUUAGGGAAGAAUUG